GUGAGUGCACGUGUGGAGGGUGGCGAUUUUUACCUACGAUUUUCGCGAUUUGCAUAGUGCAUGCGUGAGUUUAAACUUUGUGCGUUCAGAUAUAUUUGUAGUUGUCUGAAAAGAGAUCUAUGUGACUCGUGUCUUAUGAUACUGUUCAAUGAUUUUUAGAGUAAAACACUAAAAAUAGUGUGUGUUAUUCGGUUCGGGUGAUAACUGUGUUUCUUAACAUCUUAUUAAAUGAUUAUUCGUACUUUAGUUGUUAAUAAGUGAUAAUAAAUUACCUAAGUGAAGUGUCUUAGUUACAUUUAAGUGGAAAGUGACUUAGUUGGUAUUUUCUUCCUAUAUUAAGACAGAUGCUAAAAAUGGAGCUACGCAUCGGCUGAAGUUAUCAAAGAUGGAGCGGAGGGAGGACAUACACCGGCAUGGUUGCAGCAUCGCAAAGCAGACAAUCUUGACGACCCAUCCCAGUGGAUUACAGACCAGAGUAUCAGUGGAACUGGCGAAUUUCGACGCCCUGUGCGUACAUUCUGAAUGUACUACUAAAUCUAAAAGACCAAUGUGGGAAGGUAGUCCGUUUCUAACCAGACGCAUCAUAGGAGGCGUGUCAGCGCACGGGACGCCCGUGCUAGGGAGACGUAGUGAUGUGGUGAACGAGGGGAGGUUGUCGCAGCAAUGUACGCCGGUGAUGAGGCGAAGGGAGGUGGAGAGUCCGGGAGGAUCUCCCCUACCGGGAAGGAGGUGUGAGGAGGAGUUGGAGAGUGACGUGGACAACAGCGUGAUUAGCGGAUGGCUGAAGUUCCGGGACAACAAAAGGUGGAAGUCGCGGUGGGGAGUCGUCACGAAGCUGUCGCCGGCUGCAGAUUGCCUCCACCUGCAACUCUACCGAGAUCCGAAAGACCGCUUCAAAAAAGGACAGACUAAAGCAUCUCUCUCGCUCCAACACUUCCUCGGCUUCGAGUCCGGGUUUACGCUAGACAAGGAGUCUAACACCAUUGCAAUAAUAUGCCAGGACGUGACUGUGGUACUCGCGUUUGAGACCAGAGAGAGGCUGAUAGCAUGGCAAGUCAAGGUCGGGGGACAGCUCGGCACUUCCAAGGAGUUCUUGGUGAUGAUCGGCAGUGGAGGCUCGAAGAAAUUGCCAGCAGGGCCGGCCAGGUUGCAUCUGCAAGGGAGGCGGUUUGCGUUGACUUGUGGUGUGCCGCCGCGCUUGCUUGGUCUAUGGGAACUGGCUCAUUUGAGACGGUACGGUGUGGUGGAAGGAAGGUUUUGUUUCGAAGGCGGCUCGCACUGCGGGAAAGGCGAAGGACUACACAUGCUCAUCACGGACCAGGCGCAAGACAUCACGGACGCAUUCGACGCCGCAGCCCACGGAAACUUGUCGUUGCAGCGACCUUCUGCUUCGAGAAAAGGAGCAGAAAAAGGAUUUAAAUCACGGCCAAAUACUCGACUCUCUGAUUUCAACACAAUCGACCAAUCACUUCCUGAUACAUCAAGUGGUCUGUAUGAAGAAAAUUUCUUUGGAGAGGAUUGUGGUGGAGUGUCACCAUACUGGCCAUCAGAUGAAAGAAGAUACGAUGACAAUGACUUUAGAUCAAAUGACGUAGAUUGCCCUAAACCGAUGUGGAGUGGAGCUGACCAUGUGACAUUAGAACGAUGUAAUAACUGUCUCACUAAACUUGGGGCUAUAUCCAGAUCGUCGACUGUAGCUCUUACUCCUGGAACUAAUUUCAACCCAGCAUGGACGAUGGAUCCAGUACCUGAAAGUAAUUCAGAUAAUUCAUCACACAGCACAGAGUAUUUGAGUCCAAAGGCUAUCCAAAGAACAUUAGGAGGAUGUCACUGUGGUAAACCUCCAUUACGACCUCCAAAACCUUCACAUCUAGAUCAAAAGAAUCAAUCCUUUCAAAAACCAGCAGCCCCAUUACCAACGUCUCGUAGCUGCACUUGUCCAGUCAAUGAUAAUAUUCAUGUCAACAAUCCUAAAGUUGGACCUUACGAAAAUUACGACGUUCCUAAAUCAGCUCUUGUCGAGGUUGAUAAUUCUGAGUAUUAUGAUACACCAAAACGAAUAAAAGAAGCGAUAUCAGAUGACCUUUUUCAAGUUACCAAUAAUUCUGCACCCGGAGCACUUGUGCUAAAGAAGAAUUGUGGUUGUAUACUAAAGUUUGGAUCUAAAAAGAAACCUGUCAUAGUAGAAUGUGAAGAAAAUCUACAGCCAGUUGAAUGUCCGUGCCAAAAAGUUACGAAUUGGGCAAAUAGUCUAAUAAGUCUUCCUUAUUGCAAGAGACCCACAGGCAAUGAAGUAAACACAGAGGUUUUAACGAGUCAAAAAUCAAAUGAGAUGGCUUUGUACGCUACAGUAGAUGUGUCUAGAAAAACGAAUAGACAAAGUUGUUCAACGAUAGACAAAGAAUCUAUAAUCCCAGAUCAAGGAUACACGAAUUAUCAGAAUAUAGAACCUAAACAUGAAAAAGAGUUUGAGGGUCCUUAUGCAAAUUAUGAAAACUUAGAGUUUGCAUUAUCAUUAGAAUAUUAUGAAAAUGCAAAGGACCUGCUAAAGAAAGCUGGUGUAACUCAAACCGAACUUGAUGCAUUAAGUGCAAACAUUGAGAUGGCAACUACUGUCCUGCCUAAAAAGUCUAGAGCCUGUUCUAAAUGUUGCCAUUCCCAAAUAAGUAACAAUGUAGUACAAGACGGUUGUAGAAAUAAAGGCGACGAAUACUUACUUAUGGAACCGACUAAUGAAAUAAAACGUGAGCCUUGUAUUAAAACUCUUGGACCUAAUCCUGGAUACACGCCCAUGUCCCCAAAUCCUAACUGGUCACAAAGUUUGAAACAUCCACUUCACAAAAUACAUCGCGCGGAAAUAGAAAAGUCACAAAGUAUACCCACAUUGAAUGGCAGUGGAAUUAGAUCUACUGUAAAUAGCCUGAUUGGAAACAACAAUAAGGAAGCGUUGCAAAAACGAUCUAGUUCUGUAGAUUCUGGAAGAUUAUUGGAAGAUCUUAAAGAGUUUGACAGCAGUAUCGGAAGUCACGCGACAUCGUCGUCUUUAGAAACCUUGCGGAAUUUGGCGAUAGAAAAUAGGAGAUCGUCUUCACCAUGUGAUAACGAAAGAGAAUGCUACGAUUGUUGCAAGUCUUCAGGAUCUGAUAAUAAAACUUCUGAAGAAAGUUCAUCGAAAGAAGUUCCUCACUUGAGAAAUAAGCACAUGGAUAACGCUCAGAUAAAAAGGUCUUCGAGCGUUCCUUGCAAAUCUGGUGGAAACAGAGACUCAUCUAGUUCUAAUGACUCUGGAGUAUCAAGUUGUUCAUUAAAACAUGGGGGCGGCGUAGAGUACAAUGAGUUUGAAUUGCCACUAACUUCAGGUCAAUCUCGGUAUCAGUACAUGAUGCAUAGGAGGAUGAGAGGAAAUCUGUCAGGGUGUCUUCACUCAUCUUUACCAAGAAAAUCAAAAUCUUCGGAUCCAUUGCGAGACAGAUCCAUGCAAGUGCAUAGAGCUAAUGUACCAGCAAAAUCUUCGUCUGCUGAAGCCGAAGUUCCUGUAUUGCCUCCAAAGCAAUUCAAAGGAGUUAUGGAUACUCAUAGCACGUCAAGUGGCACGUCAGACAUGUCGGAUUACAUCGAGACGCUUUCAUUAACGUCUUCACACUCUUCGUCAGAAACUGGAGUGAGGUUACCUCGUCAGCCCACCAGUACACUCAGGCCACGGUCCGGCAAGGAGUAUUACAACCUGGACCCAAUCCUCACAUCCAUGUACAAAAGCGGGAAGGAGCUAGCCAACUAUACGAACAUACCUUAGACUAUGUUUGCUUAUACGAGUAGUCAUAUAAUAUAUUUAGACUUGGUACGGACAGGAACGUGGUAAUGAUAUUUUGUUCAAUAAAUUAAUAUUCAUCGAGCACAGUACGCUACUAAAAUCUAUGAUAGGAGCAACGUAGCUAUGCAGGUCUGAUUUAUUUAUUUUAUUUUAUUUUAUUUAUAACACAAUUGCAGCUCAUUAAGCUGAUGCGUGCGUAUCUUGAAUUUACUACAAAUAAAAAUAAUAAACAAAUGAAAAUCGUUACUAAACCUUAACGAUAUUGUGUAAAUUUAUUGUAUAAAAUUCUAAUAGUAAAACUUUAGAAAAGACAUUUCGAAGUCUCUUUUCAGACAUAAAAUAAGAAUAUUUUUUAAACCAUUUCAAUCGUAGUGAAAGGUUUGACAGUACAUAUUUAUAUUCUAAAGUAAUUUUAAGGUGAACAGCAUGACAGAUUUACACUAAAUUCAUGAGAAACUGAGCAGUGCAAUAAUUUCAUAAUCUUAUUUGAUAGAAUAACUUAGUGGGUUUUAGUGUAACUUUGUUUUUAUUGAUAUAUAUGUAUUUUUAAUAUACUCGUAUGUAGUAUACAUUAAUCCAAUUUUAAAAUAAUUUUGACAUUUAAUGACUUCGAAAUUUAAUUUUCAACAUUUUGACAUUCAUCGACUUUGACAUAAACGAUGACGCAACUAUUUUGUGGCUCAAAAUUUUGUUUACGCGAUCCAAUUGAAUUUUGAUAUUGUAAAAAUACUUUUACAUUUUACUCUCAUAAAGCAAAGACUGAACUUUUUUACUGUUAUUUAUUAUUUACUUUCAAUCUAGUCACAUCACCAGUUGGAAUUGUAUCAUAAUAAUUAAGUUGUCUCAGUAUUAAUUAGUUUGUAAUGUUGUACAAAAAAGUAUUAUUAUACAACGACGGAGCAUUAUAGUGUUUAUGUAAAAAUAUUUUAUACGGUAUCCUAACCAGUGUUUGUAUUGUACAUUUUAUAAUAACCCAGCAAUAAGUGAUGUUUCCUGUUUAGUGGUAGUAUCUGAAUGUAGAGUGAUCGGCGUCAAGUGAGUUUACACGAUGUGAGAGCUAAGUGUUUAGUUUAACAGAUAAGCAAACAAAAUAUUGUUUAUAUCUGAAAAUGUAAAAUUUGUUACGCAGUCACGCGUAAUCGAAAAAAGAAAACGUAUUUCGAUGAAACUUGGCAAAUGGAUAGAAUUUUAUUACAAAAUUCGUUCGAAUGGUCCGAAUGAGAAAUUUGAUUCGUGUGGCAGAAAAAAGAUAGGUAUAGUGAAAUAGUAAAAAAAAGCAAGACAGAUAAUAAGUACGCAAGCAGGUUUAAAUUGGAUUAAAUCAGGAGGUUUAAAAUAGAUUCACUAAACUCUUAGCUGUUUACUUCAUGUAAACAAAGCACAAAAUGAACCCGCUAUCAGAAUCACACAAAUUAAGCAUGAAAUAAAUUGCACUGAAUGGGUUUAACAUCCGGAAAAUAUUGUUGGCAUAAUUUGUGUGAUUAGAGCGAUGCGGGAUGCGAUUCAUGAUGAGUCGAGGCAAAAUGAGACUUAGCUCAAUAUACAUUGAAUAUAAAUUUCAACAAUAUAGUUAAUAAAAAAAAAACAAUAUAUCAUCGAACUCGAAUGACACCGAGCAGCUAAUGAAGCUCAACUCACAGAUACACGAGUAUCACAAUAGAUAUCUCAUUUUAACAAAAUGUAAUUAUGACAAUUACACUGAAAUACAUAUACGGUAUCUAACUAUGUGUAUGUCUGUCUGUAAUACCGAUGGGAUAACAAGCACCAAAGUAUUGAAUACAGCAAUGAAUGAAUACGAUUGCAAAUUCGAUUGAGAGUCUCAAUUCGCCUCGCAAAUACCCUGGCAUCCUAGGUGAGCGAUGGAAUGCUGAACAUUGUGCGUAUUUUAUUGCAUACAAUAUGAGUAAGUAUGUUUGUAUACCAUGUGGCUUUUUAAACUAGAGUUAAAUUUUUACACAAAAAUUGUAUGACGAAAAAGGACAGUUUUCCAUUGAAAUCCGUAGCUUCAACCUUCAGACUUGGUAUCGAAAGCCAAUUUAUAGCCAUUUUUUACCAUUUUUUUUAGAAGAUGUUGUAUGCCAAAGUCAUUUCCACGCACUUUUCCACGCUUUUGCACUUUUAUAUUAUAUGGUAAUAUCUCAAAAAUCUACGAACUACUUACUGCGCCAAGUAUAAUUCUACAAAGUACCUAUUUUGAUAAAAUUGUCAAAAUUGCUGCUAUUAAAAAUGCCACAUACAUUUGAUAGGCAGUUCGCGCCGCGUCGCGCUGCCAUGCCUUGUCGCUCAUGUAGGACCCCGGGUAAGGAGUGCAAUAUGCUGGCUUUAUACUCUGUGCAGACAUUCCAUUUCAUGAUUGCUUGCGGAAAUGUAUGCAAAAUAAAUUAUUAUCACACCCAAUUUAUAGAAUAUACGAAAUAUCUUAGUACGAAUACAUAUCGAAUGCGAAUUAUAAAACCUUUCGAUAAUAAAUAUUUCUAAGUGACAAUUGAUUAAUUUAGUAACUAGUUGAAACCUUUUUCUAUUGAAAUAAAAAAAAUAAGAGUGGGUUGCACCAACGUGGACGCUAAGUCUAACCUGUGCAGAAAAACGCAAACUAAUGUCAAAGUUGACUGCUGCAACUCACCCUAAGAUUCUAGCCGCAAAAUGUGAAGUCAUGAUAUAGAAUGUCUGUUUGUUUGUACCAUUGUAUCGUAGUAUUACGCUAGUGUGUACCUAUCCGAUGCCGGUGUCCCGAUAUACCUAUGUAUACCUUUAUCGA